GAUUCAGUUACGAUUUUGUAGUGGUGUCAAACGCCCGCGAAUAAUCAUGGCGCGAAAAAUUAUUUUACGUCAAAUCAGAGACUUGAAAUCGCUAAGGAAAUUUUCAACGAGUAAUUUCUUGAAGAACAAGGAGUAUAUAAUUAAAUCACCGAUACCUGACAUAGUAAUGCCGAAAAUGAGGUUCUUGGACCGUCUCUGGUUACAUUUUGAAUCUUUUCAAGAUCAUGUUGCUAUUGAAUGUGCGGAGACCAACAAAAGUUAUACAUACACACAAGUAAGGAAAAAUAUGGCGGUAUUUGCCACAUCCCUACGAAAGAAGUUGGGUCUAAAAGAAAACGAUGUCGUGGUCGCCUUAUUACCUAACUGCCCGGAAUUCCCAGUCAUUGCUUUCGGUACUAUUCAAGCUGGGUGCAUCUUUAGCCCUGUCAAUCCGAUAUACAAAGAAAUUGAAAUAAGUCAUCAAGUAAGCUUAACGGAACCAAAGGCCGUAAUAACGAUACCGGAGUGUUAUGAAAAUGUUGUGAAAGGACUUAAAAUGGCCAAAAGUGAAGCAAAAAUUGUUCUAAUUGAUAAUCCUAAUAAGGCAAUACCUGAUGGAGCAAUUAGAUACACAGAAAUAGCCGAAUCUGGAGAAGCAGAUUAUGCUUUACUUGACAAAGUCAUGAAAAAAAAUGAUGAUGUAGCUUUUAUACCAUUUUCGAGUGGGACAACAGGAAUGCCGAAAGGAGUUGAAAUUAGUUAUAAGAAUCUCAUAGCUGGAAUGGAAAUAAUGUCUAGCGAUCAAAACAGAUUUCCUGAUUUAACAAAUGGCAACUAUCAAGAUGUUGUGCCGUGCAUUCUUCCUUUCUUCCAUAUUUAUGGCAUAGUUGUAAAUUUGCUUGGACAUUUAGUUUAUGGAUGUAAGCUAAUCUCUAUGCCAAAAUUUUCAACUAACACCUACUUUAAUGUCCUUAAAAAUCGAAACCCCUCAAUUCUAUAUUUGGUUCCUCCUGUCGCAAUUCUUCUCGGUAAACAUCCUGAUGUGACAAAGGAAUAUUUCAAGAACAUGAGAUACAUUGUCUGUGGAGCUGCACCACUGGCUUCAUCUGAUGUAACGGCGCUUUUAGAAAAAGGAAAUGGUAAAAUGGAAUUCAGUCAAGGCUUCGGAGCAACAGAGACAACUUCAUUAGCAACAACUAUAUUCAAAGGAGAGAAGGAUAUAGAUUAUUCAGGAUGCGGCAAACCUAUGGCGAGCAUAGAACUUAAGUUUUUAGACCCCAUAACUGGAAAGGCGGUUCCUUGUGGUGAAUCCGGAGAACUAUGUAUAAGAUCUCCAACAGUAAUGAAGGGUUAUAUUAAAAACGAAAAGGCGACUAAAGACAGCAUAACAGAUGACGGUUUCUUUAGAACAGGAGAUUUAGGACACUACGAUACGAAAUACGGCCUCAUCGUCACCGACAGGAUAAAGGAACUUAUCAAGGUUAAGGGAAUGCAAGUAGCACCAGCAGAACUAGAAAGUAUACUCCGAUCUCAUCCAGCUGUUCAAGACGCAGCAGUUAUUGGUGUUCCACAUGACUUCAACGGUGAAGCACCAAAAGCAUUCAUAAUAAAGAAAAAUGGUCAAAAUGCGUCCCCCGAGGAACUCCAAACAUUCGUAUCUAAAAAAGUAGCGUCGUUCAAGAAAAUUGAAGAGGUUGUUUUCGUUGAUGAUAUUCCUAAAACUAGUUCGGGAAAAAUAUUGAGAAAGGAGUUAAAGAAAAUUUAUGCGUAAAUUGAUUAAGAUUUUUGUUUUAUAGCGCUUUGAUAUAUUAUGUGGUCAUUAUGAGCUUUUAUUUUAAAUUUAAAUGAUUAUAUUAUAUAAAGGU